UGGAAGGUAGCAUGAAACUAUCUUUGGACGAUGCAUCGCUAAACUAACAAACAUCUGAAGUAUGACCGUUUCCCAAAACUGUCGUACCUUGUUGGUACCACCGUUGUUCAGAAGGUCUCUCACUCGGCCCAUAGACUGCACCACCUAACAUGCAUGUGCAGUCUGUGAUGCCGUGCAUGCGGCCCUCAUGUCACCCUAGACCAAUGACAUGUCAGCAAUUAAGUGCCUCAAUCGCAGAGACAGUUUUCAGUCUCCCUGCUUACAGUUGCAACCGUUCAGGAGGACACUGUUGUCACAUCUUUUGUCUCUAGUUCAGAGGAGUUUUGCUGGACUUCUGGAUAAUUCUUCAUUCAUAUUCUGGACUGCGUUUUUUCCUUUCCAUAUUCCGUGUGCGUCCUUGAGAAGUCGAUGUGAUGCUGCAGUCACACUGUAUAACCCAAAAACACAUGUCUGCUGUGAUGGCUGUUUAUAUGAGAGGAUGCCUUGGAGAGAUCAAUGCUGUGGAGAGACGCCAUAUGGCCUGGCACAACGUGGAGUCCUUUGUUGUAAUAACACCUUGUAUAAGGACGGAGAAGAUGGAGAGGAAUGUUCAGAGAUCAAUAUUGCUUACAAUCCAGCCAAAGGGACUACAUUUUGUUGUCAGUCUCAUGGAUUACCUGGACAACACUGCUGUGGGACAGAGGUCUAUGAGCCUUCCACUGAGAUCUGCUGCAAUGGACACAGAUAUCCCAAAAAAGAAAACAUGCACUGCUGUGGGGUGAAAGCCUACAACAUUAAAGACACACAGAUGAAGUGCUGCGCAGGGACACUGUACAACCUGACGUGUUUAGGACAUGGACAUGACGCACAGUGCUGUGGAUCCAUUCUGCAAAAACCAAUGGAUGUUUGCUGCUCAUGUGAAGACAAGGAGGUGGUCUACACCAAAAAGACAGGAUUCAGAUGCUGUGGUCACCUCUACUUCAACACUUCUCUGUGGUCAUGCUGUGCAGGGAAGCUGAGCCCAGUACACCAACCAGGACAGCAUCAGAGCAACAUGAUUGAAGAAUCCAGACUUCUCUCAAUGAACAAUCUGAAUGAAACACAUCUCUGCGAAAACAUACUAAUCGGGACUUUGGAACAUGUGUCUCUGCGAAGCAUCGUGUUCAGCAGUGUGCUGAAAAUCUGUGGAAGAAAUGCCAUUAUGAAACCUCUGCCCUCACCUCACAUCCUGAAAAGAUCUGAUCACUGCAACUCCCCAAAACUGAUCCCUGGGAAGACCUACUUCUUUGAUGAAGCUAAUUUCUUCACUGAUUUCAACAGUGGCUCUAUUGUCCAGUCACUCCAUUUCAUUAUUUCCAAGUGUUAUUGUUGUCAGGUCACCGCUGGGUAAUCUGUUUCUUCAUGGAUUUCCUUUGAAGCAUCAAACAAUUACUUGACAAAUAUUAUCAGUCAUUUAAUGCUUACUACUCAUUUCAAAAGCUCAUCAGCAACAGUUAUAAGAUACAUUACUUUAUAUUCCUCACUCAUCUCCCUCCAAGGUGCUUAUCAAUAACACGAAAGCCUCCACAUCCUGUGGUUUAACAUGCAGCCAGCCUACGGUUUGGUGGUAUUCACUGACCAGUAUUUACUACCUUAGCCCUGGGCAGGGCCAGAUUAAUUUACAAUAGGGGCUCUGGGAAAAUAUUGAGGACCAUGGUUUACUGCAUAACUCAGGAUUGUUGAAGCAUUAUUGUGAAGGACGGAAGUUCAGUCAUGGAAGUGUUGACAGUAUUGAUGUUGAUUUGUACUACCCAGGAACAACCUUAAAGACAGGCAGAACCAGCAGCACAUGCAGCAAGAAAACAAGGGUGGCUGACUCAGGACUUUGUGCACGGCUCAAUCCCCAGUGAUAGCGCCCUUUUGCCAACUCUGAUAAAAACAAAGCUAAAGUAAACAUCAAUAUUUGGUUAGAAUGUUAAGAAGUUAGACUUGAAUUUUACCCCAUUAAAUUAACUGAAAACAUCAUAAGCAAUUUAUUGUAACUGUAAGAAAGAAUAAUAUUAAUACAUGUAAAAAACAUGGAGAUACAAUGUGUAACUAAGACUACUUUGGAGAGGUUAGGCACCAUCUUCAACAUCCAGCAGACAGUUUGGGAAGUUAACACAUCCCAAACUGUCUGUUCACUGUUAGACACCACCUUUCCAAAAUAUCAAAGUAGCGGAGCAUUACUGGCAUUAGUAACUGGUAACUACAAUGCUUUACUGAGAUUAAAAUUGUAAUUACUCACACUACUUGUUACUAAAGGCAGUAAUCACUACUGUAACACUACCCGCCCCUGUGCAUGGUGACAUAUUUAUCUGGACACUGUGAAGUAUAAUUCUAGGAUUAAUUUCCAAAGAUUGACAAUAACUACAGCAGUAAAAGCUGAGCAGGGCAGAAUAUGUCUGAUUAAAAGUAGCUAACUUCUUUGCUGUCACGGUAGCUAGUGACAUGCAAGAAUAUUAAUGUAUAGCUUGAUGAAGUUAAUAUGUUUAGUAUUUUGAAUCAUUGUGCACUCUUCUAUUUUUUGAAAGAACUACACAAUAAAUGGCAACUGUUUGCACACGUCCUUCACUUAUACAAUUGUAUGUUUACAUAUAUGAUGUGAUUUAUAAUGUCAUGAUUGAUAAAGCUAGUUAUUGAUGAGCACCCACUGUGGUUCUUUGAAUGUAUGUUUCUCCAUAUCUAUAAGUUUAUUACAUUUAGGCUGCAGUUUAUCAUGCGAAUGUGAUUUCUGUUCUGGCUGUGUUGCAUUUGUUGUACUGUACAUUCCUUUGUAAACUGUGUGUUUACUAUAUAUGUGAAUGGCAGGAAUUUAAGCUAGAAAACCUAUUUUCAGUUUUAAAAAAUAUAUUUUUUGUAGAAGCACCUGAAAACCAUGAUAUUGCAUGUUUAAAUGUGUUGGUUUUUGGGAUACAAUUCAACAUUGUAUGUAUACUUUUAAUAUAUGACAGGACCUACUGCUGGUGCCUUGUGUGUUUUAAAAAAAAAAAGUCUUAACUAAAUAAAAACAUUUAUAAUGAAAA